CCACUGCCCUUCGCAACCUUUGGGAUAAGGGUGAGACCCGGCAGCAGCUAUGGGGGAGCCAGAGGCUGCCGCCGAGGACCUGGACGCCUUCAUCGACAACCUGGACUACCUCCCGGGCCACUUCCACCUGGAGAUGCAGGUGAACUUCGAGCCUCGCUCGCCGGCCUCGCUCCGCGCCCGGGACCUGAAGCUGCAGCGAGAAGGACUGCGGCAGGAGCUCGAGGUGGAGACCACCCCUCAGCGCCCUGCGGUGCGCCACCUCCUGGGCACCUUUGCCUUCUACCUGGAGGAGCUGGAAGAGGCUCGUGAGCUCUUCCUCGAGGUGGUCUGUGAGGACCCGGGCAACCUCAACGCCUGGGCCAAUUUGGCCCAAGUCUACGGGCGCCUGGGGCAGGAGGAGGAGGAGGAGGCAUGUGCGGAGCGGCUGGCUGGCCUCAUGGACCCAGAGAGCGACCCCGAGGCCGGCGGGGCCGUCCAGCUCCGCGCUGCGCGCUGCCUGGCGGAGCAGGGCUACGCGCACGGCUUCGACGUGGGCUGCGCCAGCCUGGAGGAACACGCCCGGGUGCUGGCUGCUGGAGUUGCGCUCUACGAAAAGGCACUGGGCUACGGGCAGCAGGUUCCGAUGGAAGAGAAAAGGAGUUGGUACUUCACCAUGGCGACGCUUUUCAUCAGGCUGGAUGGCAUUCUCCUGGAGCUGGGCAGUGACGAGCAGAGAAGGCUGCCUGCUUUCAACCGCACGCUGACCCUGCUCCGGCAAGUCCUCAAGUCCUCGGACCUCCGCCACCGAGCUCUGGCCUGGUGCUACCUGGGGAUGCUGCUGGAGCGGAAGGACACGUUUUCCACCACCCCCAUGGGCGUCCAUGACUGCGGGUACUCGGGGACUGACCCUCUGGACUGCUUCGGCAAGGCCAUUGAGAUUGCUAAGGACCAACCUCCUAUCCUGAAUCGCCUGGCCAAAAUCUUCCACUUCCUAGGAAAGCAAGAUAUGGCCAUUGGAAUCUGCAACAUGGCCCUGGAUGUCCUCCGAGAUCCAGAGCUGAACUGGCAGGCAUACUGCACCAGGGCCAAGGUCCACAUCAGAGCCUACCUGCACGACCUGGAGCGAGCCAAGAUGGGCCUCGGGGGCUUGCCUGACAGGAACCACCUGGCCUGCGCCAAGGCUGACCUGGAGGAAGUAGUCAAGGUGUGCCCAGGGCUCAAGACCUACCUGGACAUCAGCCAGGUCUACUACUACAUGGGCGUGGACGCAAUGCAGGAGCUCCUGGCAGUGGAUGAGGCGGCGCUGAACCAGGCACUGGUCUUCCUGGCCAAGGCUGGCGAGUCGGACCUGGGCGCCACGCUGCCGGAGCUGCAGCUGCUGCGAGGCAAGUGCCUGCGCAUCAAAGGAGAGGAGGCUAACGCGGCGGCUUGCUUCAAGCGCGUGGUAGAACUGGACGAAGAGGGCUCCAGCCACACCGAGGGCUUCCGCUGCCUGCUCGAGGUGUGGCUGGCCCAGUGGAGCCAGGCGCAGCUGAGCGAUGCGGACCUGGGCUGUGAGGUGGACGUGUGGCUGCGCCUCGCGCAGAGCAAGUACCCCGCGGCGCGCCUUCGCCAGGAGCUGCAGCGCGUGUGGCGUGGUCACACCGGCGAGGUGUUGGGGCUGGCCCGGACCCUGGUGGCGCAAGGACGGCAGGCGCUGGUGCGGCUGCUUUUCGAGGCCAUGGAGCUGGAGGGUGAAGGCCUGGCAGCAUCUCGGGGAAGCCGGGCACUCUCCUUUUGA